CGCCGCUGAAGCACCAGCCGGAACCGGCGCCAGAAUGGCCUGGACGGCCGCGGCCUCCCUGUGCUGCCGCCUCGUCCGCGCGCCCCCCGUCCGCGGCCGCUCUCGACGCCGGACCUUGUGCUCCGCCGCGCGGAGCACCGACGCGGUGGACAGGGAGUACGCGGACCUCAAUCUCCGCCCCCUCUACCCCAAUCGGGGCCAUCACCUUCGCAUCCGGCAGCACGUGAAUCCGCUCAGCGCCUUGUUCGUCGAGCCCACGGAGCCGCCUGAGUGGACGGAGGUGUUCGAGGAUCCCCUGCUGCCCCUCAUGGUCGACAUCGGCUGCGGGAGUGGGAGAUUCUUGGUUUGGCUAGCAAAGAACUCCGGUGAAAAGCGGAAUUACCUCGGACUGGAAAUCCGGCAAAAGCUGGUCGAGCGGACACAGUUCUGGGUUACAGAAUUGGGGCUUAGAAAUGUUUACUUUAUGUUUGCAAAUGCAACGGUGUCUUUCGAGCAAAUUGUGUCAUCAUACCCUGGUCCCCUAUCGCUUGUUUCAAUACUGUGUCCUGAUCCCCACUUUAAGAAAAGGCAUCACAAGCGAAGAGUUCUACAGACACCAUUGGUGGAUUCAAUCACAAAGAACCUUUGUCUGGGUGGGCGGGUGUUUGUACAAUCAGAUGUGCUUGAUGUAGCCACAGACAUGAGAGAAAGGUUUGAUGGAUACUCGGAUGUGUUUGAGCAUGCUGAUCGUGUUGAUAAAGAUCUUCAGUGUGACAACGAAGGCUGGCUUCUGGACAACCCUAUGGGAAUACGGACGGAGAGAGAAAUCCAUGCUGAGCUCGAAGGAGCGACCAUAUACAGGAGGAUGUACCAAAAGACGAGAUGUUUCUCACCAGAUUACUCCAUCAGUUAAGUGGAUGCCUGUGUGGCCAGGUAGUGCUGGGCUAAUGGCUGGUUUCUCUCUGCUUGAUUCGUUAACUUUGAGCACCAAUUUUCACAUUCCCUGGCAUGUCCCAAAGCAAAUUCUUAGUGAAUGAAUUGGGCCUUGUGCUUGUGAGGGGUUAAACUGGUCAAGGCUUGGCAUCUCUCCAAUGGUUGAUAUCCUUAGAUCUGAGAUCACCCUUCUGGCUGAGGAAGAAAGAUCACGGUGCAGUUAAUUUCAGUGUUAACCAUACACGAGGAUGUUUGAUUGACAUCUGCGAUUUGUAUCCAGGGUUGCAUUGGCCAUCUUAGUUAUGAUGAAAGGCAAGCAAGUGUCGUUGGCAAUCAAGAGCAUUGUAUUUUGCCUCUUUUUUUUAAAAAAAAAAGAGCAUUGCUGUUUGAUGUAUGGCCGAAUGUAAGAAACUUUGCCCUCAGUGGUCAGAAACGAUGGAUGGGCAAUUUCAUUUCACGCUGGUUCUUGUAGGAGGCCGAUACUUUUCUGCGCGCGAAAAAUGUUUACAUCUGCAAAUUCGUAUCAAUCCAAUAUGAAAAUAUACU